GUUAAAUCGACAGAGAAGUAUCGAAAGAUCACAUUCUAUCUAUUGUACAUAGCACCCGUCACCAAAUUGCUUUGUAGUAGCCACUAUAUCACAUUUUAGUAUCCGCCAUAUCGAAUUGUAGUAUUGCAAGCACCCAUCUUAUUAGAAUUACCUAUUCAAGUAUAAAAAUGAAACGAUCAACAAUGAACACGCUAGCUGUCGCUGUGCUCAGUCUGUGUGUACAUUCAGCUUCGGCAUCUAUAUUUGGCAUUUCUGGCGGCCACAGCUUCGAACGUCGACAAAGCCCUGGUGGAGAUGCCGUUUGCGAACAAUUCAGCACCGCCACUAUUGCGAACAUAGCCAUAUUUCCUGAAUUUGUAUCCAAUGCAUCCGCGUUCUGUCAGACGCUGUCAGGAGGUGAACUGCCUUCAGCUAUCCUUCCAGCAUCGGCUGUACCACUGCCACUUCCUGGUACAAACGGAGACACUACCUCACAGUUUACGAGCCUUUGUUCCAUAGCCACAGUACGAGCCGAUGAAGCCGAAGGCAUUGUUCCGGCCAACACAGCCGAGCCGACGAGUGCUCUUGCAGUUAUAGAGUUCACUGUGAGUGUUUCGUGUAUCGCUAUUGAUUGAUAUAUUUUGGUUUUGUUUGUAAAUUAUUUUUUGG